AUGGAAUCAAUCGGAGUUCUGAUGAUGUGCCCGGCGAAUCCCUACCUAGAAGAAGAAUUAGACAAGCGUUUCAAGUUGUUCCGGUAUUGGAAACUUCCUCAGCCGCAGCAAUUCAUCAAAGAAAACUCCAAUUCAAUCAAGGCUGUCGUCGGGAACGCGUUUGCCGGGGCUGACGCCGACCUGAUUGAAUCGCUUCCUAAGCUUGAGAUUGUGUCGAGUUUCAGUGUGGGUUUGGAUAAGAUUGAUUUGAACAAGUGCAGGGAGAAGGGGAUAAGGGUCACCAACACUCCUGAUGUGUUGACUGAGGAUGUUGCCGACCUCGCAAUCGGGUUGAUGCUGGCCGUUCUGAGGAGGCUUUGCGAAUGCGAUCGUUAUGUGAGAAAAGGGUUGUGGAAAAACGGCGAUUUCAAACUCACUACCAAGUUUACAGGAAAAUCAGUGGGUAUCAUAGGUUUAGGGAGAAUUGGCACCGCAAUUGCUAAAAGAGCUGAAGCAUUUGACUGCCCAAUCAGCUACUACUCAAGAUCAGAGAAACCUGACACAAAAUACAAGUAUUAUCCAAGUGUUGUUGAGUUGGCUUCCAACUGCCAAGUUCUUGUCGUCGCAUGUCCACUGACUCCUGAAACUCGCCAUAUUGUCAACCGUAAAGUAAUCGAUGCCUUGGGACCAAAGGGAGUUCUCAUUAACAUCGGAAGGGGCCCCCAUGUUGAUGAAGCCGAGCUGGUUUCUGCUCUUGUUGAGGGUCGAUUGGGAGGAGCUGGGCUUGAUGUGUUUGAAAAGGAACCUGAAGUACCUGAGCAGCUCUUCGACCUGGAAAAUGUAGUCUUACUGCCCCAUGUUGGCAGUGGCACAAUGGAAACGCGCACCGAUAUGGCGAACCUUGUCCUAGGGAACCUGGAAGCUCAUUUUCUGAGCAAACCCCUGUUGACUCCUGUAGUAUAG